CUGAGAUCCGUUGCUAUGCGACCGCGAGUAACUGCAAAAUCGGCCGACGGGGGGCAGGCGCUUCGUGUCACUUCAGUCGUGUGUUGCGGUCCGCAGCCAGCCGCUGUGGUGGGAGAUAUGGGUCUUCAGGUCAUGUGGUUGAUACUGGUACUGAUCCUGCAGUCGGAGUCCCGAGUUAUUGUCAAGAGGAGCUUCAAGGACCAGUCCGUCAAAAGCUACCUGACAGAGCGCACCCGCUGGUGGAACGAGAUCUGUAAGGAGGAGUUCCAGACGCUGUUCCGCUGCAGGUGCCCCCAGUGGUCGUACUGCCGAAGCCCCGGCCGAUACUACAAUGCCUUCUGCACCAUGACGGGCACAGGUUACAUUUGGACGCAGCCCAACCGCAGCUGGGGAGAUCCCGUAUACAGCGACGUGACGUCACGCGUUGCCUAGCGACGCGACGUUUACAUUUAAUGGCUCUCUAUUUGGUUGGGUUACAAUUUCACUUUCCCGUGGCGCAAUGCGUCAUCAUUAACGAGGCUCUGACAACCGAGACAUGGCUGUAUUAAGUAAAAUUUGUAUGUAGGGGAGUUUGGUUCUUGGGGCCCCGUUUGAUUUUCGAUGUUUAAUGUUUUGCAGAUGAGUGUAUUUUAAUCGACACCGAUGGAAGUUCACAACAGCCUACAUUUUCCUGUGAUGAGAAAUCUUGAGAAAGCGUUUCGGCCUGCCUCUGCUUGCGUCCAAGCGAACAAAGAACUUUUUUCUGCACACAGCAAAGAAUUAGGUUAUGACGUGCAACACGUGGUAUUCUGCCAAUGUUGUUCUUCUGGGUUGUGACUGCGCCAUGGCUGAAGACGCAGGCAGGCAGCAUGUUCUUCCGAAACGUCGGUCCUUCAAGUCCACGCAGCGCUACAACCCAGAAGACCAACGUAUUUUUAACCUGGUACCUCUUAGGACAGCGUCAAGAGCAGAAAUUGUCAAAGUCACUUUGACUUCGCGAAAGCUGUUAUGAACAAUAAGAUAUUAUUCCGAUAUGUCAGGGCAGAAAUUAGAUUUACUUGGGCAAUUCUCGCACCAGAAAUUAAUGUUUCGUUUUGAACUCUUGUGUGUGCCAGGUUAAAAAGGCUUUAAUUGCUCGCAUGUCGCAUUACGGUAAACCGAUGGUCUCCGCCAUAUAAUUGCCCAUCUUCCGCGGUUCAUUUUAAAACUUCCCGAAGUGAAGGCGGACAAUGUGAACGUCUUAACAUUGGUCAAGGACACGUUUCUAGGUACUAAUUUCAGAACACGUAUUUGAAUGCCAAAAUGUAGCGUUUCUGAUAACUCCGGCAUAAACAACAUUUGAGCCCCUUCGACUUCAUCACACGUACCCACCAUCAACAUUAUUCAAGUCUAUAAUUAAGUAUCUCGCUGUGUUUUGUUUUUGUAUUUCUGCAAUGGGAGAACAACGAAAACCAGUAGAGUGUAACCAACACCAGCGAAAGUUUAUCAAAUAAAUCGUUUGUUCAGUGCUGCCA